AGAUCCUAGGAUCCCACAGCGUCAGGCUAGGAGCUCGGCGGCCGGGUGGCUGUGGGAUCCUGCCCUCGGAAGUACGCUGUUGUGCCUGGUGUGCGAGAGCAGAUCCUCUGACCUGGCGGCCCCUUCUUGCGCAUUCUCGGAUUGCCUUGGAUGAUGGCCUGCGUCUGACAGUCCCUCAACUCUUACCGGCUCAGCUCCCCGGUCCUCAGCGUUUACCUGGAAUGGCAGUCUGCCACACCCUGCCCAGCCGCUUCUUGGCCCUCUUGUGUUGUGCCUGACUCUUCUGGCCACACCAGGCCUUCAGUGGGCACUUCUUCCCUCUAUUCCUGGCAUGCCUCAUGGCAGGCGCUGUUGGCAGAACCCCGGUAAUCCUGUCCAGAUCGCAGCCAGUUUCACCAAUGCACACCCUUGGCAGCAGAUGGCGGAUUCUUGGAUUAAGAGGCUCUGCUGUGGAACUGCAUGUGUGUGCACCACCAUGGAACGAAACAGUACAGCUAAUGAUUCUUCUGGCAGUAAGCCUACAGAAAGGGGCCCUCCAGCUGGAUGCAUACCGGAACCCUGGCCACUCAGGACAGACUUCCACUGGGUUCCUGGCUAACCUGGUACCUUCGAUGGCGCUCCAUGACUUCUAGACUUUUCUGGCCCCGAUGGGCAAUUAUACGUCUUCCACUUUGAGCACUAUCGGGGCAAUUGCAGCUGUGUCUAUGAGAACCUCAGUUGACUGACAGGCCCAGCUUAGGCCUGGGCAGCCCACUGCCUCAAUAGGGACCUGCCCUUGCCUGAUGAUGGUAAACUCUUCGGCCGGGAUCUCAAAGAAGUUAUUCAAGGCCCACACAGUUUUGUUGAGCACCAUGCCACUGUCUCCUGUCCUCUGCCUUCCACAUCAAGCCAGCCACCAGUGACCCCACAGUUGCCCACACUAAGGCAGGACUUAGGUUCUCAGUGGCCCUAAUGCCCAGUGUGGAUACUCCCCUGAGGCCUGCCUUAGCUGCUCCCUCUGACCCCUGUUUGGUGCAGGUCUAACCCUAUAUCCAGAAGUGCCUGGCCUGAACAGCAGCUGGCCAAGGAAGGUUCCCCUGGACCCCAAGAUCCCCUGACCCAGUCUAGUUUUGGAUUUAGCCCUUAUUGUAACUGCUAUGAGGCCAGCUGCUUCCUAGCCAAAGGAGGCAGCCCCCAAAUUUGUCUCAGUACCUUUAAAAUCUGUUAACUCCUCUUCUUAGAAGCUAGAAUCAGCUCAUCUGGGGGAGCUUAGAACCCCAGAAAACAGAGAAGAGUUCUAAAACAUGAGACCAAGAAGUGUGUUUGGGCACUCCAUGGUGGUUGAACAGUGUCCCAGAGAUCCCACAAGAGCCACCCUUUUCUUCCAAUCCCUACUCCUUAUCCCUGUGUUCUGAGCACGGUCUAGACAUGCAGCAGUGUCCCUCUUGAUGCAGUGGUGUGCACAGGGCGGGAGUUCCACAGCACCCAGGCAGGACAGUGUUGUCAACAGACGACUCCACUGACCCCCAUGGCUGGAUAGCAACACAGAAAGGCAUGUGAGCAGCUCUCCCUGCUCCUACUGGAAUGUGGACCUGUGUUGGGCCCUAUCUGAGUUCCUACCCCACACCUGGAAGUGCUGGUCCACAUGGCCAGUUCUACAGGAAAGGCUCUGGAGAUGAGCCCACCAGAUUGUUUGUAGCGCUGGGGCCAGAAGGUGACCCCACAAAGAACCCUGUUGCUGUUUUCGCCUCUGCCCUGCUCUCUGACCUCUGACGCUAGGCUAUAAUGGAAAGAAGGCUGCUUGAAGGGAGCUACUGCUCUUUUUUAAAUAUUUUGGUUGGUUGGUUGGUUGGUUUGGUUGUUUUUGAGACAAUGUUGUGCUAUGUAGCUUUGGCUAGUUUGGAACUUGUUAUGUACCGGGCUGGCCUUCUGAGUGGUGGGACUCAAUGAUUUUUGUUGUGGUUUUUUUUUUUUUUUUUUUUUUUUAAUGAUAUACCAAUGAAGUAUAGUGUAAUUGGAUAUAUAGCUGUAUAAUGAUCCAGUUUGGUGAUUACUAUUUAUGUUUCCUAAAUGUUGAUCAUUUCUUUGUAUGGGAUUGUAAUUUACACUCCUCUCAUGGUUCCAUAUAAAACAUGAAAUACAUUAUUGGCAACUAUAAGUGCACAUUGUGCUGUGGAAGUUAUCUAACCUUUGGGUCUCUUCCUGGUGUUUUCUGUCUUGUUUCCAUUAUCUGCCAUCUGCUUCUGCCAGGUUAAUUCUGAUAGCUUUUACAUACAGGUACCUGUAGCACUUAUCUCUCGGUACCUGCCUUCUUUUACUUAAUAGUUUUUUGUUUAUUUGUUUUUUAUCGUUAAUAACAUAGUAUAUGUGUGUGUGUGUGUAUAUAUAUAUAUAUAUAUAAUCUUUUAAAAGCCACUCAUCUGCCAUUGUACACUUUGGUGGAGUCCAUUUUUUGUGAGCAGUGCAGAAGCAGCCGUAUUCAUCCUUGUAAGGGAUAAGAUGACAUCUUGGCUGAGAACCAUACUUCCUGUGGGCUUACUGAAAGCCGUGGCCAGCUGGGAGGUUUGAAUGCAGGAGGGUGGGAUCUCCUGCUCGGUUCAACCUUAGUCAUUCCCCUUUUUACACGGCAGCAUUCUCGUUAUACCUGGUCAUGCUUUCAAAAGCUUUCCAUCCCCUCCCCUCACACUGUACGCAGACACAAUUCAACACUUUCGGCCUCCAUGAUGGAAAUAACCUGGCUCUGCUGGCAGACUGAGCCUCCAUGGUGAGACGUUAGCAUACAUACGCAUCCCAGGAAGCAUUGCCCAGUAAGCAUGAGGUGAUCUAACUGCUGAGUGUACGGUGGCUGCUGACAGAGCCCUUGUUUGUGAACAGAAGUGCUGUUCCCAUUCUGUCAGCAGAGCCCAGCCAGGUGUCACAGGUGUGCGGCAGUGCUCAAUGUAGCCAUGAAGGUGAAAGGAUCUGCUAGGAGGAGCUGGAGCCAGGUGGGGGAGGGGGGCCAGUGUUCGGUGGCUGUGGUAUCUGACUUCUGAGAGCUCUAGGUAAAGAGAAGAGCAGGUAGCAGAUGGGAAUGUGAGGCCUGGGAUCGGAAUGAGGACAGACCAGUUCUGCACAAGGAAGCAUUUUUAGUGAGAGCUAAGCGUGCAAGCUCUUUUGAGGCAAAUUGAUCUGAGGAUGGGGACAUAGCCACCCAAUACACAGCAAGUGCCUACUUAGAAGUGUUUAGACAAGAAAAGCAUCAGUCUUUCAGUUUUACAGUUGUGAAAGCAACACGAGCAAACUUUCCUAGGUAGUUAAUAGGACCAUAGCUUGGAAAUACAGCUGGCCGUGAUGAGCAAACAUCUGGUGAGACUUGGAAUAGGUUGUUUGGUUGUUUGGUUGUUUGCUAACCUACUAAGAGAUGCUUUGGGUCCAGGUGGUUUCUUUGUGAAUUAUUUCAAAGCACAGACUCUGUGUACACAAAACAGCUGUGAAUGUUGCUAACAGAAAAGAUUUUGCAGUGCACUAGGUUUCUGUUACAGGCUGCUCAGCUGCUCCCAUGAUUGCUCAUGGCUAGAAUGGACUGCUCUCUCUCAUUCUUUAGUUGUCUGUGGCUGGGCCUGCCCAUAGCUCUGGUGGUGGAUCCUGGAAUGUCUCUCAGGGAUGAUGGUCUACUUACUCCCUUGCUCUUGCCAUGCUGCUGUCCCCUUAUGCACCUGCCUCCCUGCCUCUGGUGGACCUGAAGUGAAUCCCUUCUGCUUGAAAUGGCUAUGGUCCCUCCUGACCCUGAUCUUCCUGGGGCAUCUCCUGAAGGCUUGGGUAGUGGUCUGCCAUGUAUCUGAAGGCCUGCAGCUUGGCGUCUGUGGUUGGUAGGCUUGAGAGCACUCAGCAGAGUCUAGGUGACCUAGAAAAUUAGUCUUGGCCCUAUUUAGAAGAGAAAGCCACUCCCUGUGAUGGGUUCUUGAUAUCGAGGAGAGGAGGCCUUAUAGCUGCAGUGACCAGGUUGUUUGCUCCUGGCUGUCUAUAGGUGGAACAGAGCUUGGACUGUAAUGGUCUUCCAUUACAAUGUAGCUUGUCUCCAGUGACAUCAGCAACAGUGACAACAGUAUCCACCUUCACCAGAGGCAGUGACCCAGGUGAUCUAUUCUUUGGGAGAGAAAGCACUAUCAGAUUAGACCUGUGUGUAGGGUCUGUCCUGGUACUAGGAAAGAUGACCUAGGAGAGGACUCCCCCGGAGCUGGACACAAUGACAGGCAUGCCUCUGACUAGUGUGUCCUGUUCACUUACCUGGGAAAUAUCCUGACAUCUCAUCUCUAGACAAUAAGCCAUGGGCUCUGUCGAAUGGUUUUUAAAAGACCUAUCUCCAAGGAAGACCUUAAAUCAGGAAGUACUGGUAAUAAAGUCCUCUGAGACAUUAGAGUACUCUGUAAAAUUGCAACAUUUGAAGCAGUUGGACAUUGGAUAGAGAAAUAGUAGUGAGACAAACCAUUUGGAAUGGUGUAAGUUGAAAAAUUUAGUACAUUAUUAGCGGCGUUCCAAAUGAACGUCAGUAAAACCACUUGGUAACUGGCUGGCUUUCUGGAACAUAGUAAAGCAGAGUGCCUGCAUCUGUUGUGCCAGCACACACUCCAGAUGGAUUAAAGAUGACAUUUUUUAAGGUCGUAAAAAUGCUUGUUAGCUUCCUGUUGUAACAAGUGCUAAAUAAUCAAUUUGUGGAGAGGAAAGGAAAGGUUUGGGGUCACACUUUUGGAGGUUUUAGUUCACUGUUUGUUGGUAGUUCGUCAUGGAGGCAACACGUGGCAAAACCAUUCACCCCAUGUCCAGGAUGAGAAGAUGAGAAAAGGGACAGAGGGCCCAGUAUCCCCUUCAAGGGCACACCUGUGACGUGAAACCUACCUCCCAGCAGAACCAAGAUGGGGACCAGGCUUUUAACACAUGUGCAGAGCAUUUGAGGUCCCAAUGGAGCAGUUCUACAGAAAAACACAAGUAGUUCUAAGAUUUUAAGUUUUGCAUGUCCAGAAUUGCCACGGGUAUGGCAGGUGGGCUCCCUCUUGCUAUCGGUGGGAAUAUAAAAUGCUUAGGUUUGACCACAUUAAUAGUUCUAGGCAUGUAAAUGUCUGACCACUUGCCCACAAGCUCAUGCCGUGGGUAGCUGUGGUAUGUAAUUAUGGUAUGUGAGAGAUCAGAGUGGGCUUGAAUUUGGUCACAUCUUGUUUCUUCCCCUGACUCCUGUUAGGUAUGAAGUAGUUUAAUCCUUACUGGGUAGUCAGGAGGGUUGAAUGAGGAUGAUAUCCAUUGUGAGCUAGCUGAGGCCUGUGAGUGUCUAUCAUAACACUAUGAACAGCAAAACUAAAAGAGUUAUAAAGAGCCAGCCAUAGGGGCAGGGCAAGUAAGGAUGUCAUUCUUAGAGCUUCUGUCAGCAUUAGCUAGAACUUAAAAUCUCAGUGACCUGAGUGGACAGCUGGCAUUGGCUGUCCAUCCUGUGUGUGUUGGAAUAGUCUGGAUAUGCUCUGCUUACUGCUGUGUCUCAGAAACACUUACAGCUCUCCCAUCUGCACAUACUGCUACACAGCGAAAUGAUGCU